AUGGCGCCAUCACCAGAGCCGCGCCCCUCUACUGGUGCGUCAGAGAGCCCUGACGACAAUAGCGCCGGCAGCGGCAGCACCAGGCGAUUUUGCUGGGAAUGCCAGCGCCGGGGUUUGGUCUGCGAUUCGAAACGUCCCGUAUGCUCCAGGUGUAAGCUAAGCGGCAUAGUGUGCCCUGGGUAUGAGAACGUGAAGCCUUUGACCUGGGUGGCCCCUAAUCAGGUCACGACGCGGACAUGGAGGGGCGGACGAAAACCGAAAACUGACAGGAUAGACAUCGCCAAGAAGGGUUCGAAGGGUAGCGGCAAGAAAAAGGCGGUACCGAAAAUUCCAGAAGAAGAAGUUCGCCGGGUACAGCUCAUCCAUGUAUUCCCCGGACAAGAGCUCCGGACGGAAACAUGCGACAUUGCUGAGGCCUCGGUUUACUGUUAG